AUGGCUCAUUUAUUGAAAUUGUCAUUCUUCCUAUUGGUUCUAACCAGAGUUUUUCACGUUUUGACCAGUAAUGUAAUAUAUUCGGUUACAUUCGUUCCAUGCAAUUCAUCUUCAACUUGUCCACAAGGAAAUCCACCCGCUAUCGGUCAUACAUUUGCUUUGAAUGGAACAUUAAAUCAAAAUUUAACGGCAUCUAUCAAUGAACAACUGAGAUUUGUGUUAGAUACAAACGCACCAGACGACCCUUUCACAGUUUGUCAGCGCAGUUCUGAACCUAAUUUUUGUUCUGAAACCACUCAGAGUGAUCAAUUCAGUCUUCCGAUCACUCUUACCGGCAAUGCUAUUUCAGUGACAUUUCGUACACCUGGUAUCUAUUACUAUGGCUCGAGCAAGCAUCCGGGUAUGGGCGGUCGAAUUACUAUCUAUACAUCGAACGAUUUAAAGAGUGCAUUGACCAAUACUAAUGGUACUAGACAUCGCUUAUCUGCAUCAAUAUUCUUUACGAUAAUUGUGGCUUUGUUGAUAGUUGUUUUUCACUGA